CUUGGCUUCUACAAACAAGUCCAGCGGUCUGCAACCCGUGAUAAACUCAAACCACGCUUACCUCGCAGUCCAGAAGAAUCCAACCCUUUUUCUACUAAUUACCACCUACAUAGUGUGUUUCUGGGAUCGUUCAUGUUUUCACCUGAUUAAAACGACGAAUACCCCUUCCCCGGCACAACACCAACGCAGCUAGCUGUGCAGCCGACAGUGCGCCAUUCAAUUCAUCAUGUCAGAUCUCGAGUUGCAUGACUACGAUGACAUCCCCGACUUUGAGAUCGUAGAGGACAGUGGCCGCGGCAAAAUCUUGGCCGCUACCAAGAUGAAGUUCAAGGAAGCCGACCUGGUCCUCCUUCUCGUUGACGGGCAGAAGCACGGCCCCUUCCGCGUGUCCGGACAGCAGAAAAUGGUGGAUCAUUUCCUGGAAGUCCUCAAGGAAAAGCUGGGGUCAAAGGUGUGUUGGUCAGAAUCCAAAGGGUCGCCGUCGACGGCCGAAUCGGCGCGCGCGGCCAUUCUAGACGACAAGCAAGACGUGCCAAAUGUGUGGUUAUUCAAGCAGGACACUCCGAGCCGCGAUAAGUUUGAGACCGCCAUUGCCGACACGGUGAAGGACUUCCUCGUAGACGACGAGAAGAACUGGGAGCAGGCUUUUGCCACUUACCUAGCGCAAGAUGACGACAACUACUCGACGCGGGCCUGGCUGAUGCUCAAAAAGGGCUUCUCGUUCCAAGACACGGUCGACGCCGAGGCCGCAAACACCCUAGAAGGCCAAGUAGUAGCGCAUCAAGCAGGCAUGUCGCUAAUCCCUAAGACCAUAAAGCAGAAGCUGCUGUCGGCCGACUGGCCGCCGGCCGACGUGCGCGGCGAGCUCCCCGCUACCCCCAUCAAGAUCACGUACAACCGGCCCGUGGUGGCCAUGGUAGACAAAGGCCAGGCGGUGCACGUCACGACGACCAACACGGCGGGCCAGGACCCCAAGACCGAAGCCUACGACAUGGUGUUCAACACGACGGCCAUGGCGCCGCUGCAGCGCAUGGACAUUGAAGGCCUCGAGCUGCCCGACAACGUGCUGACGGCCAUCCGCGCGCUGAGCUACGACCGCGCCACCAAAGUGGUCUACCCGUCAUGGGACGACGGCCCCGACGCGCCGGCCGUGCUGAAGGUGUCGUACAGCUGGGCGCAGGACGUCACGCGCAUGGGCGCCCUGAUGCCGCCGUACGGCCCCAACCAAGCCCAGCCGCACAUGGACGAGCCCGUCGUCUCGACGUGCCUCGCCGGCUUGGUGAAACUGUUCGCCGGCCGCGAGGAAACACGGCACGUCACGCCCGAGUUCCUGCGCAGCCAGUACGUGACGCACCACGCGUACGCGUGGUCGCACGACCCGCUGACGGGCGGCGCCUUCGCGCUGUUCGGCCCGGGCCAGUUCAAGAACGUGUAUCCGCAGUUCAUGCACCUGUUCGCCGGCGGAAAAUUUGCGCUGAGCGGCGGCCGGGGACAGCAUCCCGCCGAGCUAGACGAGAAGCUGCUGUACCGCGCUAUUAUGAUAAGUGAUAGGUGUACUAAGGCAGGGGAGAGCUACUAA